CACUGGUGACAUCAUUCAGUCUUUUCAAGUACAUGGCUUUGUACAGUCUGAUCCAGUUUGCCUCUGUACUUAUUCUCUACACUGAGAAAACAAACUUGGGCGACUUGCAGUUCCUCUUUUUUGAUUUAGUUUUGGUGACCGUUUUGGCUAUAGUGAUGGGACGGGGAGGUCCCAGCGAUGAGCUCCAUCCCCAGCGACCCGCUGCCAGUCUUCUGUCUCUGCCAAUCCUGUCUAGUUUACUGGUGCACACUGUGCUGCUGAUCCUAGCCCAGGUGUCUGCCCUGCUUAUCACUGUGUCACAAGACUGGUAUGUGCCUCUAAAUUCGACUGUGACGGGGGCUGCAAACUUGCCAAACAUGGAGGACACAAGCAUAUUUGCCUUAUCGGGAUUCCAAUAUAUCAUCAUGUCUAUUGUGAUAACCAAAGGAUAUCCUUACAAAAAACCACUGUAUUACAAUUUUUUGUUUGUAGGCGCACUGCUGGUUUUCUUUGCACUUAUGAGCUGGCUGGUUCUUUUCCGUCACACCAUCAUCCAUCAACUGCUGCAGCUCUGUGACAUCAAUGAUAUGAACUAUAAACUACUGCUGGUGGCUGUAGCUGCACUCAACUUCUUCAUAUGCUACUUGCUUGAGAUUCUUAUUGACCGAGGUGCCCUGAACUGCCUUCACAACCUCAGAGGAAAACGCGAGUCCAAAAAGCAGUACAAACGUCUGGAUGCCCAUCUUGCAGGAACACCCUCAUGGCCGCCCCUGAACCAGCCCUUGUUCCCAACACAGUGCUCCGUCAUCGGUGUUAGCUAACACCUACCUCCUGCUUUAGAAUUUCAACUCUCCCCAAGGACAUAUCCAGGGUUGCCAAAGAUCUGAUACCACCUCUCAGUGCACUAGUGAGGUAUGCGUACCAGGUGUCGUCCUUGUCUGCCUAUUAUAUAUGGCACAAAACAUAUCAUACAGCAACAAGUAUGGACUGUUAGUAAUAGUGUUUCUAAUACAAAACAUAACUGAAGAAUAAAAAACUUUAAGUAUUUUGAAAGGGUGUUCUGGUUGAUUAAGAAAAAGGGUGGAAACAUAUUUCCCCAGAAUAUGUAAUAUAUUUACCAAAAAAUGUUAUAUUCAACAAAAAUAAAAAAUAGAGGGUAUAUUGCCUUGAGAAGUGCUUGAUUCAGUUACUAGCAUAAAUACAAAAUACUGAGUA